GAGAAUGUGUUUAUUGGUCAAUCCAAAAUCUACAGCUACCUGAAUCCUAACAAAACUCCUGGUGCUCGUCCCCCACUUCAAGAGGAGAACUCUGUCAUGUAUCACGAGGUGAAAUGUCAGGGCAAAACACUAAAGGAGACCUACAGGAAAGGAGAUGGAAAAAAGAAUGGUGGCAAUAUAACUGAAGGUGCUAUGAAACCAGAAGACCAGAAAGAAAAGGAAAGUGGGUGCAAUCCUUCAGUGCCCUCUGAUCAAAAACAAGAAACUGUAGAAACCCAAAAAACACCUCUGCUUGCAGCCUGUGCUGAGGAGGCCAAUGCAAAGCCAGCCCAGAAAAAGAUGGUGAAAACAAAACGUGGACCAAGGAAAAAAACACAAGGAAGAGCACCAAAUCGAAAAGUGACAGAUUAUUACCCCGUUAGAAGAAGUUCCAGGAAGAGCAAAUCUGAGUUGGAGACUGAGGAGAGGAGGAAAAUAGAUGAGCUGAUUACAAGUGGGAAAGAAGAAGGAAUGAAGAUUGAUUACAUCGACGGCAAAGGGAGAGGAGUAAUUGCUACUAAGCAUUUCACUCGGGGAGAAUUUGUGGUUGAGUAUCAUGGGGAUCUCAUAGAGAUCACUGAUGCUAAGAAGAGAGAGGCUGUGUAUGCUCAAGAUCCAUCCACAGGCUGCUACAUGUACUAUUUCCAGUACCUCAGCAAAACAUACUGUGUUGAUGCUACAAAGGAGACGAAUCGUCUGGGAAGGUUAAUUAAUCACAGCAAGUGUGGCAAUUGUCAGACCAAGCUCCAUGACAUUGAUGGUGUGCCUCAUCUCAUCCUCAUUGCUUCCAGGGACAUUAAAGCAGGUGAAGAACUGUUGUACGACUAUGGAGACAGAAGCAAAGCUUCCAUUGAAGCUCACCCAUGGCUCAAACACUAAUUCAUCUUCUUUGGUUUGGUUGGGGUUUUUUUUUUCUUUUCUGGACUGAGUGUUCUACAAGGAGUCAGUGGAUUUUUAUUUUUUUUUCCUGCCCUCACUUCCCUCAGCUUUCUUAGUGGACUGCUUAUGGUCUUCCAAGCUCCUUAAAAACUACCUUUUGGCUUUGCAGUAUUUAAAUACCUAUGACAGUUUUCCAGGCAGGCUUGAAUAAUUGAUCUUAGAUUGCCAAAACUUUUCUAUCACGAUAGAGAACCAUCCCUAAAAUCUGAAUGCUUCUGUAUAGUGCCCAGUGCCACUUGAGCAGUCCAAGACUUGCAUGGAAACUUGAUCACUGGGGUUGUGCUUCUGCCUCUGCAACGAAACCUCACACUCCCCUCUGGGGUGGUGACCCUGGCGUUAGCUUUAUGACAGCAGAUGUACUUCUGUGCUCGUGUUCAUCCAGUGGCUUGACUGCCUGUCACACCACUUGUCACAGCCCAGUGCUGACAGGCUUCUCUGACAUGGAUGCUACUAUCAUUCUCCAGUAAUUCGUGGUAG